CCCAUUUCACGGUCAAGUAUCAUUUGAUUCGUGUCCUGUCAAUAAACCGGUUUAUAUCAUGCAGGAAGGACGAGUGUAUCUCCAGUUUGUCUGUCUCCUCCAGCCUUUUAGUCUGCAGUGAUGGAAGCAUGCAUCCGUUUUUUAUCACAUCUCGGUUUUAAGGACAGCCACGGAAUGAGAGGCCUCAACAAUUACAAUUUGUCCUGCUGUGUGAACACUUUGCUGCAGACUUUCUCUGCCACCUUGGAACUAGCAAAUCUACUAGACAAGUGGGACACUGCCAGCAUGAGAUCAGACAGUGGCAAUGUCCCGCUGCAGCUUAAGAAAGUACUUGUGGCCAUGCGGAGCGACCACCCUCUGCCUGCUCCCCAUCGUGACUUCCUGCACUGUCUGGACAGAAACCGCAUCCAACUUAGUAUACAGCAUGAUGCCGAUGAGGUGUUCCACUCCAUCCUGGACUUAAUGCAGAAGCAGAUGGAUAACAAAACACUGGCUCUUCAAAUCAAGGAUCUGUACAAGAUUUCAGUGCAGACGCAACUCAAGUGUAUAAAUUGCGACUCCGUCCAGACUCUGGACAGCUACCUGAUCAGCCUGCCGCUACAUAUCAAGGAAGAUCAAAACACUCUGGGCGACUGCAUGAGAUCCUUCUUUGAGCACCAGGAGCUAAGGGGCAGAGAUUGCUGCACCUGUGAACAGUGUGGAACCAAGACUCCUUCUAAACAGGGAGUCAAACUGCUUGCCCUGCCUCCUAUCUUGUGCGUGCACCUGAAACGAUUUCGGAAUAUUCGUGGUUACACCCGAAAACUUAAUUGCGAAGUAAUUUUUCCACAAACCCUCAACCUCUCCGAAAUGCUUCGUGAAGCAUUCUCAGCAGACUUUGCCCAGAAUAACUGCAAGUACACUUUGUAUGCAGUGGUAGUGCACUCUGGCGAUGCAAUGUGUGGGCACUAUACUGCCUAUGUUCGUCACAGCAGGAGCUGGUACUAUGCAGAUGACAGCUGUGUGGAAAAGACCUCCUGGCAAGACGUGGAGAGAACCUAUGGAGGACAUGGCAGACGAACAGCGUACAUGCUGAUGUACAGAAGAGACUCCAAAGAGGAGGGACCACAACCUGAAUGUUCGGGCUAAAAGGAUGAAUGCAGAUGAAUUAAAGUAGAGCCCAGGUGAAAUAUAGGAUAAACAUAGGAAUUUUAAGCAAUGUAAACACACACUUGAUUUAAAUUAUUUAUUGUAACCUUUUAAUUAAAAUAUAUAUGGUGAAUUGUUUUAUAUUUAAUAUUUCUGACCUCUUAAAGCUGCAUUAUAGGACACAAGCAGAGUAAUAUUUUCCAAACACCAGUAGGUGGUGUUGAAGACUCAAAACACUUGCUGCGGAUUCACGAUCAGACCACACACUGUGAACACGCUGAAUGAUACUGGGGGUUGGUUUGAAGACAAUGCUUAGCUUAGUUUUUUACUGUUUGAGGGGAAAUACCUGCAUUAGGACUAGGGGCUUAUUUUCCUGACACUGCUUUGUAAUAUAUGAGUCACUCGUGCAGAACAAUGAAGUCAUUUUUUCUUUCAUUUGGGCUGCCAAAAGCAAUAACAAUAACAAAAAAAAUAUCUUACUGACUGAAUGAUUUUAUGUUUUGCACUUUCUCACUACCGGCAUUAGCUUUAUCUGGCAUUACAGCUAAUCUGUGGUCUUUUGGUUUUUUUGCUUUUGUUGAUAAGUUUCUCCUCUUUAUCUCUCUAUCAAUGCACAAACACCAGCACGUCUCAUCAUCACCUGAGCUCAAAAUGUAUUUAAGUGUCUGUACUGUGUGCAUUUUAUAUUUUUGAAUGCAUUUAGGAAACUAUUUACCAAGAAAAAAAAAAUAAAAAUUGCAGUUGCAGCCACAGUGCGUGGUAUAGGCUGUCAGCAGAGCCUCUAAAGUUCCCACUCACUUCGCCAAGAGUCUGGGGACCGUGUGAAAUGGUGCCUAUGUGCUGCAGAGCUCUGACAGAAUGGAACAUGUCUGCACAGUGCCACAGGCUGCAGGCCUCAUGCUUAGUCAUCUCACUGCCAUGUAGCACAGGCACAGCUUUAUGUAUAGGGGGUAUCUCAGUGUGUCUGGAUUUGAGUCACAGUCACAGAUAUGGUUAAGCGUUUCACAUUGAAUUUGUGACUUUAAGGUCACAUCUUUGCCUCUGAGAAGUGCCAAUAAGGAGCUGACAUUGAAAACAGUCAUAAUACGACAGGCUAUUAACAUGCUGAGAGAGAAAAUGUGCAUUUUUACAUGACAGGAAAUGUUGAUGAUUAAUAACAAUAAAUAUUAUGCAUUGCUAUCAUUUAUUACAUUAAUACCAGUGGUGGAAAUCCUGCAUUCAAAAUCUUACUCAGCAAAUGUACAAAUGUAAAAUAACAAGCAAAAAAGUACUCAUAAUGCAGAAUAGCCCCUUUCAUAAUAUUGGUGGAAGCAG